AUGGAUGGAGUGACCAAAGACAAAGAACUCUGUGUGAGGGGUCAGUGUGUGAUAUUCUCUCCUGCAAUCAUAAAUAAAGCACUCGAGAGGAGUGUGGUUGAAUUUGUUGAAGAAGAACUCUCUCUAGACACCAUUGCUGAAGAAUUGACUGGAGGAAAGGUGACAAAAUGGCCUGCCAAGAAGCUUAUCUCUACUGGAUAUUUGACUGUGAAGUAUGCAAUUUUGAAUAGGAUUGGAGUGGUGAAUUGGAUUCCCUCUAAUCAUACCUCAGCAGUCUCUACUAUGCUGCCCAAGUUGAUCUACUAUAUAGGAACUGAGAUUCAUUUUGAUUUUGGCUCUUUUGUGUUUACUCAAACCCUGAAGCAUGCUGAGACUUGUGCAGUGAAGCUUCCUGUCUCUUUUCCUUCACUUCUGACUGCUAUCAUCCUGAAACAACAUCCUCAUAUUCUUGGUGUGAAUGAUGUGCCCUUUCCCAGAGGAAAUCCUAUUACCUUGGAUCAUCGCUUAUUCUUGGAACCUCAUGUUCUAGACAUUGAUCUGCCAUCCAAUAGGACAUCUGUGCCUGCUUCUAUGUCAGCUUCUGGAACAAAGAGUGUUCUUUCUGAAUUGGAAGAUAUUUCUAAGGAGUUGCAAGAAACCAUCAGGGUUGCUGCUGCAAGGAAGCUUAAGGUGGAUGCGUUGAUUCAAAGUCUCAAGGAGGAAGCUGGUCAAGAGGGUGAGCCUGCAGCUGCUGCUGAGAAGGAAGGAUCUGCAGACAAUGAAGAGGAGCACUCUUCUUCUUCUGAUGUUUAG